GCAGGUGACGUCGCAUAUACGUCGCAUGAUUUGCACAGUGAUAUCAUAGGCGAUAAAGGGAAAGCCCCAAGCCCGCUAUGAUCCUGCGCAGACGUCCAUUCUCCGCUGCCUCUCUCUCUCGCCAUUGGCUUUGGCGACUCUUCAGCACUCCUAUUCUUUCCCCAAUCUCCGGCGCGAGGCCUCUCUCACAAGCGCCUUCCGGCACGCCAAGACACGCUUUCACGUUUCCAGAUCCAAUCUGUAUCCAUGGAGUGCCGAUAGAAACAAUGGAGGUUUCUGCCGGAAUUAGUCCUAGAAAGCAGAAGCACGAUGAUCCGGAUCUUCGAAAAUCUGAAAUCAAGUCUUCGGAUCACGGUGCUGUGUCCGAUCAUCAGUUUCCAUCAACGAGUGCCUUGGAGAUUUUGAGGGAAACGGUUAGGGUUCUUCGGUUCAAUUUGACUGGAUUCAUGGGUAUAGCCGCUUUGCUUAUAUGUCCUGUAUCCGCUGUUCUUUUAUCAAACAUGUUGGUUGAUCAUUCCGUUGUCAAGAGACUGACUAUAAGGCUAUUGUUGGUGGCCAAGGCCAGUGGAUUCCCUCUCAAGCCUUUUAUCAAACAGUCGUGCCAAAAGUUUUCUGAGAUGGUUAUCUCUUCCGCAAUGUGCUUCCCCUUGUACAUCACAUUGUCUCUGUUGUCAAAAGCUGCGGUUGUUUACUCUGUGGAUUGUACUUAUUCAAGGAAAACGUUCAGCGCAUCCAAAUUCUAUCUAAUUGUUACUAAGAUUUGGAGACGGCUUGUUUUGACGUAUUUGUGGACCUGUAUGGUGAUUACUGGUUGCCUCACUCUGUUUCUUGUUCUCCUUGUAGCUGUGAGCAGCUUCUUUUCUAUACUUGGGUUUGCUUCUGACCUAAUUGUGUAUCCUGCGCUGAUGGUGGGGUUUGUUUUCUCCAUCGUUUUUGCAAAUGCUAUCAUAAUUUGUAACAUUGCUAUUGUAAUCUGUGUACUGGAAGAUGUUUCUGGGCCCCAGGCAUUGUUGAGGGCUAGUUUACUGAUUAGGGGCCAGACUCAGGUGGGUUUGUUGAUAUUUCUUGGAUCAACAAUUGGCAUGGCUUUUGUGGAGGGGUUGUUUGAGCAUAGAGUGAAAACAUUGAGCUAUGGAGAUGGGUCCUCAAGGAUAUGGGAAGGACCCCUCUUGGUGCUUAUGUAUUCAUUUGUUGUGCUUAUCGAUUCCAUGAUGAGUGUGGUUUUCUACUUUAGUUGUAGAUCUUAUAGCAUGGAAGCUCUAAAUGGAGAAAGUCAAUCGAUAUUAGAAGCCAUGACCAUUUCCUCUGGAACUAAUAUUCAGUGACAUGUAUAUGAUCUGGAAAGCUUUUUACUGAGUAGAUGAGAAAAAGCUAGGUGCUGCAAUGAGGAUGUCACCCCGGUGUUACCAAUCUUGCAUUCUUGAGCACAUGUAAGGGGCAGUAUAUCAGAGAACCUUCCCAACCGACAGGAAGAUAACCUUACUUGGCUCUCAACUCUUCAUUGGAUAUAUGAUUAAAAAAGUUGAUCUUCAGUGAUGAAUAAACAUGGGGACCUCUGGAGGUUGACAUUUGACAGCCUGGUAACUCCAAUAUUGUUGAAGUAAUUGUAUUCCUUUAAGGAGAAAACUGGACAUUAUAGUUGAAUACCCUAUAUUUCUUGUUUCCCUUCAUACUUAAUUCAAAAUUUUUGAAGUCCUUAUGAUGUUGUUACAUAUCUUGAACAUAUGGAAUGGCAUUCAACAUUUGGGCUCUACAGCUUCGAAAGCCAACCAGCUUGCGUGUAGUUUAAAAAAUGAAAUUACUUUUUAUUUUGUAGAAGAGCUCCUAGUAUGAGUUUGAGAGUUGGAAAUAUUAUUCAUGGAGAAAAGUUAACUUGUGUUGAUAUUUUAGGUGUUUGGGACAAUAGUGGUGUACAUGGACUUGCUUUUCUAGCAGCUUGUUUAUCUUAAACAAAUUAUUCUAAUUUAUGUAUUUAUUCAUGAUUAAAUAGAUCCAGUUUAU